AAACCUGACAGGAUAUAAUUUAUUCCGGGUAAUAAAACAUUUUGUUUUGCUAUACCUUUCUCAUUUAUGCAUGCACUUGAAAACAAGCUGUGAGUGUAGAUUUAAGAAGUCAUCAUUCAGAUAGACGAAUUAUGUCAGAUCGGGAAAUUGAUGCCAUACACAAGUAUGAAAGGUAUCUUGAGGAAUUUGUCACCCAGUAUGAAGACUGGGUAAGGACUAGAAGAAGGGCCAUCAGAGAUUUAGAGCAAAUUGUUGCCGACAUGGACAGUGGCGAAUUUCAAAACAAUGUCACUCAAAUUGUAGGUAGUAGCGUUGGUGUGUUAAGCGGAAGCAUAAUGAUUGGAGCUUUGCUUCUUGCACCCUUCACAGCAGGUGCGUCUGCCGCCGUUGGUGCUGGAAUAGCAGCUGGGGUAGGCUUAGCUGGUGGAAUAACAAACCUCACUUCUGACCAAAUUAAUAAGAAUUAUGCUUUGAGAAAAUGCAAGGAAGCUGAAAACAUCAUACUAGGUGACCAAAAAAGAACAACCGACCUAGAUGAAGCCGAAAAGCGUUUUACAGAAGCUUUGGAAACCUUAAAGGAGGUUGCCAAAUCUACAAAAAAGGAAAUAAAAACGAUGCUGAAAACCAUUAAAAGAGGAAAGAAAGUUGCGCAGGUCAUGUCGAAAACGGCACGUUUGGUCGGGAAAGGAAGUCGAGGAAUCGGGAUGACUGCCGGAAAACUUAUUGGUAAAACGGCUGCUCUUGCUCUUGUUGGUGUAGGUUUUGAUAUUUGGGAAAUUGUCUCCUCCAGUAAAGAUAUUGCUAAUGGUUCAAAGUCUGAGCUCGGAAAAGAUAUAACAAACCACAUCGAAAAAAUGAGGGAAUCAUUGAAUGAAGUCCAAGAAUAUUACGCUGAAACUUACGGAAUAACUGACUAAGUUGCUAUAAAGACACAUCGUAUGUUUCUAAUUUCUUUACCUUUUUAUGUGGACAAGUUUUUUAAUAAUUUUUUUUAAUACUUAGAUUUGAAAAUGAGUAUGGAUUGAAAGAACAAGACCUUCAUAAUUUUUUCUUAACUUUAUAAUUAUCAUUAUUGAAAUUUGUAAAAUAUUAAGGAGGCUGGUGGGUCAACAAAUUAAUCCCAAAUUAACCACCAGAUUUACCUUAUUUUUUUAGAUACGGUAUCUUUUGCUGUCAACUAUCAUUUGACAAAGAAAAAAAUCAUACAUUUUAGUUUUAAAAUUUGAUCACUUUUGUAUAUGGAGCUCUCCUUUUAAAGGAGAUUGAAAUAGUCUGAAAAUGGCUGCCACCCCCAGCCUCUUUAAAUUGAUAUGUAUUUAACAUGAGUGGUGUUUGCUUUUUUUUUGCUUCAAAAGUGUUUUUAAAACACAUUUUUUGCUGUGUAUUACAUGCUACAAGGCACUAAAACUCUUACAGUUCAGAAUUGCGCAGGUUUAAUCCCCUGUAUA